AUGUCGAUUUCCGGGGCAGGCCAAACGGCGCCCUCAGAGACCAGUCCCUUGUUGCGUCGUCCUCCCAGACUGCACGAGGUACCUGAUGAGCAAAGCGACGUAGCGUCUCUCCAUUCCUCAAGUCUAUCCAAAGAGGACGGUGCUCUAAAUGCUCCCCGCGCCGGUGAGAGACUUCCGUACAACGACUACACGACCAUCGACUGGCUGCGCGAGCUUGUGAAGGACUCGGCCCGCCUGCGCGAGGUCCACUCAAGGGGUGGUAUCAGGGGCAGGUUCGGGAGCUGGUGGGAUAGCGCCCAAGGCUGGGUUGCCGCGGCGCUAAUUGGGCUUCUCACUGCGCUGGUGGCGUUUUGCGUAGACGUUGCGGUCGGUUUGAUCAGUGAUUGGAAGGAGGGCUACUGCACGAGAGGCAUACUCUUGGAUCGACGUUCGUGCUGCACUGCGGGCUCUAUGCCCCGGGGUGGCCCCAAUCAGCUCGAAAGAGCGAAUCGUGCUCAAUCUGGGUCUGGGAAAGAUUCAUGUCAGGAAUGGAUCGCCUGGGGACAGGGCGAUUGGGGACGCAGCUAUGCUGUUUACGUCGGCCUUGCGCUGUUGUUUGGCAUAGUGGCGGGCAACGUUACGAUGCUGACCAGGGCCAAACUGCCAGCCGUAGAUGAGGAGAACAGCAACGCUGAAGGUGACGUUGAUGUGUCGGAUGGUACAACUUCCCCAAAGGAAGGAACCGCAGGAGAUGAGGGUGGCAAGACGAUGUACAUGGCCGCUGGGUCGGGCAUCCCGGAGAUCAAGACUAUCCUUUCGGGGUUCGUAAUCCCACACUUCCUAGACUUGAAGGUGUUGCUGGUCAAGGCUGUUGGCGCAACCUUUGCCGUGGCGACAGGGAUGUGCCUGGGCAAGGAAGGGCCAUUUGUGCACAUCUCUACAUGCGUCGGGUAUUUGGUGGCACGUUGGUUUCCCAAGUACGGCGUUAACGAUCGAAAGCUUAGAGAGAUGCUGUCGGUGGCGUGUAGUGCCGGAUUGAGCGUUGCAUUUGGGGCCCCCCUUGGGGGCGUCUUGUUCAGCUACGAGGAGAUUAGCACUUAUUUCCCGCGUCGAGUACUCUGGAAGUCGUUUCUGUGCUCCAUGGUCGCAUCUGCGGCUUUGAAGCAACUCAAUCCCACGGGCACCGGCAAGCUGGUUCUCUUCGAGACCAAUUAUGGCACGAAUUAUGAGCCGAUCCACUACCUCGUCUUCAUACUCCUUGGCAUCGCCGGGGGGCUAUUCGGCGGCGUUUUCUGUCAGGCCAACUUCUUCUGGUCUCGUCAUUUUCGCAAACACAACAUCAUCAAGAACCACCCUGUCUUCGAAGUAGCCUUGGUCGUAUUGACAACAGCGGCCCUCCAGUAUCCAAACCGCAUGAUUCGCGACACUGGCGAUGUUGCCAUGGCCAAGCUCCUUGUGGAUUGCAAUAACCCCCGUGACGAUUCGUGGAUCUGCGUUGAAGAAUCGAAGUCUGACACACGGGUGUAUCUUUUCUGGCUUCUGCACGGGACGCUCAUCAAAUUGGUUCUUACCAUCAUCACCUUUGGCUGCAAGGUUCCGUCGGGGAUAAUUAUCCCAGCGCUAGACGCUGGCGCUCUGUUCGGGCGCCUGUUGGGCCAGACUUCCUUCCUUUCCAACUCGAUAUCCCCUGGCAUCUUUGCCAUGGUUGGCGCGGCAGCAUUUCUAGCCGGCGUGAGCCGAAUGACGGUCAGCCUCACCGUCAUAAUGUUCGAGCUGACAGGCGAGGUGAAUUACAUCCUGCCGUUCAUGCUCGCAAUCUUGACAGCGAAAUGGGUAGCCGACGCCAUCUCUGUGGAUAGCGUGUAUGACCUUGCCCAGCAUGUUUUAGAGCAUCCUUUCCUUGAUGCCGAACAUGCAUUGGCGCUGGUUAGAGAGCGAGAGGGCACGGCGGGGGAUCUAAUCCCGCCGAGACGUACUCUGGAGGAAAUCACGCUGCAUGUAGGACACGACUACAAGGUUCCCGUAUCCGUGCUGAGGGUCAAAUUGACCCAAUUGAAGGCCAGGGGCUUGAUGGACGCGGGACUGGUGUUGGUGAACCAGAGGGGAAUCUGCCAUGGGUACCUGCCCGAGGCCGAAUUGGAGUUCGGGUUGUCUUUGCUUGAAGAAGGGCAAAUCGAGGUGGAUCUGCUGGAAGGCCCCAUCAGUGAGUUCGUGGACAGGACGCCGCUCACCAUAUGUAGGGAUGCCCCAGUAGAGAUGGUGGUGGAGAUGUUUGGGAAGAUGGGGUUGAGGUACUUGAUCGUAGUUGAAGAGAACACGGCGAGGAUGCUGGGAGUCGUGAUUAAAAAGCGUUUGGUCAGCUACUUGGACGGCUUGAAACAGCUGUAG